AUAUGUCUGUUAGACAUUAAAGAUUUGUAAGAUGUCUAGAACAAAAGCACAUUUAUGUAACCAGUAUAUUCUAGAUGUUAACAUCGAUAGGAGUCUGUCAAUCAAAUUAAUUGUUUUGUAGUAAACUAAGGUAUUAUUUAUUUGUGUAUGUAUAAUUUAUUUGUUUAUUUUAUUUAGACGUAAACUAAAGGGUUAAAAAAAAGGGGAUGAAAAAAAUAAUCCCAGCUAAGACGAUACAUAUGGUACAACAGUAAAUAAUAAAAAUUGUUAUUAAUGCAAUAACAGAAGAAAAUUUUUGUAAAUUGAAAAUAAAAAGACAGAAAAACAUAGCAGAUCACGGAAAAAGGAAGAGAUAACAUUAGCAGAAGAAAACAUUCCAGAGAAGAUAUCGAAAUGAACACCUCAAACGAAACUGAACAGAAAAAUAACAGUGAUGACGCCAACAAGGAUGCUUGGAAAUUGGCAUAUACAAUCCAAGGAUCUGUAAUAAUUAUUUUAAAUUCAUUUGCAAUCAUUUUAAUUCUCAUUCGUCAAAAGUUGCGUAAAAAACUCAGCAACAAAUUUCUCUGCAGCUUGUUAUUUGUGCAUCUCAUCUUCGGCAUAUUUGAUUUAAUCUUCGGUUUUACGAUGAUGUAUAACGAAAAUGAAAUCGUAAACGUUUCAAAUAUGAAAGAGAGAAUUCAAAACCAUGCUUUGGACUGUAUUACAUCAAUCGUAAUAUCACUAUUUUUAAACUUAAUGUUAGUAACAAUAGACAGACUUGCAGCGAUUAAAUAUCCAUUUAAAUACAUAAAAGUAUCAACAAAACAUGGUAUACUUGUUUUAGUCAUAAUAUGGCUUGUCUCGUUGAGCUACAUUCCUAUUUCCAUAGCGUGCGAACAUCCAAGAGUUUCUGCAGAUAUAGUAACAUUUACUUUAACUAUUGUGUCCUUUUUCACUCUGGCAAUAUCAAAUGGAAUUGUGUAUAACAUUGUAAGGAAGCAAAUUAAAGAGAUAUCGAAAACAAUAAUAGAAGUCCCGAAUAAAACUGGAGUAAAUUUGCAAAAGGAAAGUUUGCAACAACAAAAACUCAAGUCAUUUUAUAUAUGCUUAGUUAUGGUACUGUCCUUCAUAAUCUUCUGGACACCCAUCAUAAUUGUUGAUUUUUUGAAGUUUUACGAUCAAGAUGUAAAAUUGUUUGGACGUAUAGCUGUGUUCAUUGUAUUUUUUAACAGCAUAGCGGAUCCGAUUAUCUAUUGCAUGAUGAAUCACGAACUCAAAUCAGAAAUUAGAAAGGUUUUGCGCAUCCCACACAGAAAGUAUUCAACGCCAAAAACUCAAAGUAGUGAAGCACAUGAAAAAUAAACAAACAUGUCAAGAAGACCAGAGCAAAAUUAUCAGAAUUUAAUUUUUAUUAAAAAAAUGUAAGUGCAGAAUUGAUGCACAAGAUACUUCAAAAACAUUCAGAACACUCAAUUUGAGCUUAAUGCAAGCAAAAUGCGAUUUAAUUGUAAUAAUGUUGUAAAUAAUGUUUAUUAUUAAUAGUUUAAACAAAAUUGUAAUUAAGCAUUUAAAAAGCAA